CGUACAAUCACCUCAUCCUAUUAAGUUAUUCGGGACGUCAAUCACUCCGAGUGGGAUACUAUACUGAAGCUUCCAGAUAUAAAUAUAACUUCAUCUAUCUACACCCGUUUCCCUAACUUCUAAUAUCAUCCAGACUUUCACUCCCUAACUACCUAACAAGCAAAAUCACGUGCUCAACUCCACACUUCAAGAACCUCCAGGGCUGGAAUAGGAGCUACCCCGCAUUUCCCCAUGUUAAGCUGCACCCCAAACAAAAGCAUGAAUACCCAUCAUGGCACAACCAAAGAUUAUUUUGUACACGAGUCAUCAAUGUCCAUGGGCACAUCGUGCUCACAUUGCUCUCCGUGAGCUGGGUGUCCCGUAUGAGGAGGUCCUCAUUGACUUGAGUAAACCGCGGACGCCAGAAUGUAAGUCUAAGUUCAUACUUAUCCCUAUCCCUGCCCAUCAUUAUCAUUGGAAAGAACUUGAAACCUUUAUCAGAGCCCAAUUCUUUUGAUAUUUCAGUACUCCCACGAGAAGCUUCAUUUCAAUUCUCGAGCUCAAGAUCCCAAAACCCCUCAACCCCCCCCCCUCCCUCCCCAAAAAAGAACAACAAAAGAAACUAACACCCACCCCCAGACCUAGCAAUAAACUCCCGCGGCCUCGUCCCCUCCAUCUCCUACAACGGACACAUCAUCACCGAAUCCGCCAUCGUCUCUCAAUUCCUCGUCGACGCACACCCCAGCCACCUUCUCAAGAGCAGCGGCGAAGAAGGCGGCGCCCUACAACGCGCACGCAUCAACUUCUUCGUCGACACCUGGUUCACGAAGAUCAGUCCGACGUACUUCCCCGUUCUCAAAGCGAAAGGGGAGGAGAAGGAGGAGGCGGCCGCGAAGGUCGUUGAUGCGGUGGUGAAGGAGAUUGAGCCGUUGCUGGCGGAUGCGGGACCGUUUUUUGGGGGAAGUGGGAGGUUGACUUUUGCUGAGGUGUGUAGAUCUUUAUAUCUAUUUUUUCCUUUCCCUUUCCUUUCCCUUUUUUUUCGUUACGGUACACAUAUCUUGCACAGAACAAGAAACUAAUCCCACCGGAUACGAAUAGGUCCUAACCGGCUCAUUCAUCAUCCGCCUCCUCGGAUUCUCAAAGUACCCCGAGCUCGUCCCCGCCUCUCUUCCGGCGGGUCUCGAGGCCAAGGCUCCCAACUUCUGGAAGUGGGCAAGUGCGGUGGUGAAGGAGGAGAGUGUGACGUAUAUCUGGGAUGAGAAGGCCUAUGCAGAGGCCACGAUCAAAAGGCUUGCGACGCUUUGAGAGGCUGGAUUAUCUUGAGCCGAUCGCUUAGGGG